UUAGCGGAAGUGUAUUCCUAGAAUCACACCGGUUGUCUUGAAUUUUUUCUAAAUGGGUGACCACGAAUUCGCUUUGCAAUUGGCUAGCCCCAGCAGCUGUAACAUGCCCCUUUCCGAGUUCUCCUCCCAUUAUAACAGGCAGGCGAGCGUACAUGACAUCCUAAAUAAUAACUCGUCUCUGUUUUUCCCCGUUUCAGCUCAGCAAACCAUGCAGGAUGAUUUACUGAUGGACAAAAACAAAGCCCAGCCUAACCAGCAACAAGAUCCAACCAACGUAGACCCUCCCUCCACCCCGACCCCCUCAUCUGAACCCCCUUCAUCAGAGGAGAGUCCGUCGACUGUGACAAACCAAGCAUCUCAAGCGCUGAACAAUAAAGAAAAAUUGCCGAUGGAGUCGCCGAUCCUGCCCGGUUUAAGUUUUCAUCAGCCGCAGGAAACCGGUGGCACCCUGUCCCCUUCAUUUGGAAGCACUUGGUCCACUGGAACCACGAACGCCGUGGACGAUAGUUUUUUUCAAGGAAUACCCUCGGUGAACGGAACGAUGCUCUUCCAGAACUUCCCCCACCACGUCAAUCCGGUAUUUGGAGGAAAUUUCUCACCUCAGGUUGGCUUGGCACAGUCUCCGCAUCAACAGCAGCAAGCCCAGCAACACCAGCAACCGCAGCAAAGAAGAUCCCCUGUUAGUCCCAACCAAGGUCCGUUUCCCCAGAGAAGCGCAUAUAGCCAUCAGACCAUCAUGAAUAGCAAGGGUUCAUCUUCACCCGCAUCAUCAUCAGCUUGGAAUAAUCACCAAAAUGCCGCUUGGAGCACUGCCUCCAAUCCAUGGAGCGGACUCCAGGCAGGCAGGGACCCGCGGAGAGCUGUGGGCGUCGGGGUUGGCGUAGGGGUAGGUGUCGGAGUGCCGUCUUCCCUAAACCCCAUAUCGCCCAUGAAGAAGCCCUAUUCUAGCAACGUUAUAGCACCCCCAAAGUUCCCAAGAGCCGGUCCCCUCACCCCGAAAUCCUGGAUGGAAGACAACGCUUUUAGGACGGACAACAGCAACAAUUUGCUGCCUUUUCAGGACCGGAAUCGGCCCUUUGAUGCGUUUAGCUUGCACUCUUUGGAGAAUUCCUUAAUGGAUAUGAUAAGGACUGACCAUGACAAAGGUAAACCCCACCCGGCCGGUGGCCCACCAAUGACUAUCGCUGAUAUUAUAUGGAGGAAUCAUUUUGCAGUGUGCUGUUCUCCUCCAGGGCGCAUGGGCCUCAACUUUCACCACCCCGGAGCAGACCACAUCAUGCCAUUGAACACAGCCAGGAGUUAUGGCCGCAGAAGAGGCCGCUCAUCCCUCUUUCCCUUCGAGGACGGUUUCCUCGACGAUGGCCACGGGGAUCCUUCGCUGACCCCCGGGCUGAACUCCCCGACGCGCUGUCAGAACGGCGAGAGGAUGGAGCGCUACUCCAGGAAGGUGUUCGUCGGAGGCCUGCCCCCAGACAUCGACGAAGAUGAGAUCACCAACAGCUUCCGUCGCUAUGGGCACCUGGUGGUGGAUUGGCCCCACAAAGCGGAGAGCAAGUCAUACUUUCCACCUAAAGGGUAUGCCUUCCUGCUGUUCCAGGAGGAGACCUCGGUCCAGGCCCUGAUAGACGCCUGCAUCGAAGAAGACGGGAAGCUCUACCUGUGUGUGUCAAGCCCCACCAUCAAGGACAAGCCAGUCCAGAUCCGCCCCUGGAACCUGAGUGACAGUGACUUUGUGAUGGACGGCUCUCAGCCCCUGGACCCCCGCAAGACCAUCUUUGUGGGGGGCGUGCCCCGGCCUCUGCGUGCAGUGGAGCUGGCCAUGAUCAUGGACAGGCUGUAUGGGGGAGUCUGCUACGCCGGCAUUGACACUGACCCAGAGCUCAAGUACCCCAAGGGGGCGGGCCGUGUGGCCUUCUCCAAUCAGCAGAGCUACAUCGCUGCCAUCAGCGCUCGAUUCGUUCAGCUGCAGCACAACGACAUUGACAAACGGGUGGAGGUGAAGCCGUACGUCCUGGAUGACCAGAUGUGUGACGAGUGCCAGGGGGCGCGGUGCGGAGGCAAGUUUGCCCCCUUCUUCUGUGCCAAUGUCACUUGCCUGCAGUACUAUUGUGAGUACUGCUGGGCCAGCAUUCACUCCCGGGCUGGUCGAGAGUUCCACAAGCCACUGGUGAAGGAAGGGGGGGACCGCCCUCGACACGUGUCCUUCCGCUGGAGCUGAGGGGGCCAGGACCAGCCCUGCCCUGGUCACCUCCCCAAACCGCCCCCUCCUGCCCCCCACGACCAGGGACAGCGCUGAGAACCUCCCUACCCCCUGUACCCACCAAUCCGCUCUGCUCCCUCCUCCCCCACCUCUUCAACAGCUAAAAGGAUAGGAACAAAUACAUAGGUAUUUCUUUUUCAAACCACACCGCUCUAAACUAUUUUGUCUAGUGUACCCUUGAAAAUAAGGAGGGGAAAUGAAUCAUGAAAGUCUAUCAGCUUAGAAUUUGCACUUUGGCACAAAACUCACUAUACACACAUGAGCUGGUAUGUAAGCCAAACCUGGUUGUUUUCAAAUUCUGGGUGGGUUAGUGUGUCUGUAAGACCCAAGAUGAAACUAUACAGUACAUAUAUCUGUAAAAAGUAUAUUGUUUUGUUUUAUAUCUAUCUAUAUAGAUAAUUACGCUUCAUGUGAAAGGAGCAUGCACUUAUUUUCCAACAAUAUAUUGCCCCUAGUAUGAAUAAUUACCAAAGGCAAAAUAAAUUAAUGCAUACUGAAAAAUACAAUAGGUGGCGUAAGAUGUAGCAAGAUUUAACAACUAUCCAGUAGUGUGGGCCAUAGAAGCUCCGAUUGAAAUAACAUGGGCUAUAUUUGCUCUCCAUUUUGAAAUAUUAGUAAUUAAAACCUCAUGAGCGCAAUCAGAUUUAUUUGCUUAUAAUUCCUAGGUCUUUAUUUUUGUAAUAACAUUAUUUUAGUGUUAUGUAAAUGUAAUGCUGCAAUAGCUUUUGCUGCUAAACCCAUGGUAUUACCAGAUACCAUAGUACUUUAUUCAGGCUAAGGUGUUCAAACAACUAUAAUGGCACCCAGUUUUAACGGAUGACAAGCUAUCAUAGGAGGAGGGGGCGCUCCUAGAAUAUGAUGGCUAGUUUGGUGGGGGGUGGGAUUCGCCCCUAACUGCAUGUUUAUUUCAAUCAGGUUGCUGCAUGCAAUAGAUUUUCAGUAUCAUGUCUACUAUUCAAUUCUGCCCAUGUUUGCACAACACAGAUGUACGUAUAACUAGCACGGAACUGGAAUUAACAGGGAAGACUGGUAAAAAGAAAAAGACGCCUCCAGUGAGAUGGUCUGGCAGCACUGGAUUGGCUGAGAUGCCACAGGGCAGUGCUAGCAGACAGUCUCAGCACCGCUAGGCGGUGAUUAACACACACCCACCAGAUGAGAAAAAAACAACCUUAUUAUAAUCAAUCCAAUUAGAUUGUAGGAUACCAUUUAAAACUCUGAUAGGUGAAGUACCUUUUGCAGUGAUUGUUAAUAUAAUUGUGCAAUUUUUUAUACCGUAUGUAGUUAGGUCUGAGUAUGCCUAGAACUGUGAUUCGCUUUAACUGUUGUUGAUGUCCGACAUAGAAGUCCUGUGAAACUUCAUAGCUAGUGUGUACACACGUAUAUACGACCUUGUACUCACAUUCAAACAAGUACACACACCCUCUCACACUCACCAACAUGCACACACACACAUACACAUACACACACUGACGCAAAGUAUGACCCAAACACAUGAAUUGCAAAACAGAAUAACGUGAGCUUGACCUACAAACACAACUGCUGUCUCCACCUUUUGACAAAGCGUAAGCUCGUGUCCCCCCCAAAAAAACCAAAGAGCUCACUUGUUCAACUUGUACCAACCACCAACACAUAGAGACCCCAGGUGAAACUAAGCUGAUGUGACCCUCAAGGCCUCGAGGUGGAAGGUAGAUCGUUGCAUCUGUGUGGUCAUUGCAAAAAGGAAGAAAGACAGUGAUGAGAGAGCAAAGACAACAUUAAAGCUACUGGAGACUUGUGGUUUAGAAAACAGAGCUCCUCCUCAGCCUGCACAUAAUGUUCUCACUACACGGCUACGGAGUUGUAAUAACAUUGCCAGAACAUGUGUGCUAGCUGGGUUACCAUAUUUAUCCAGAUUUUCCUGCAAAGCUUGAAGUAGAAAAAAUGACCUGCUAAAAUGGUGGACAUAUUUUUUUAUUAAAAACCUAUGGUAUAUGGGGUGCAGUUGAAUGGGCUGCGACGCUACUGCAUAGGGUGGGAGGGUGGGAGCAAAGGGGGGCAUUUAAGAGAUCUAAAUGCAACACUUACAAACUUAGGAUUGGCUGUCGAAUUUGGAGUUGGCUCGGGUUUAAUCAAUGGAGUUGGGGGCUAAGUUACACUGGUUUUAGCAGUUUUGUGGACAAUCCAUCUGGAUCCUCCUACAUCAUUGCGAGUAGACGUGUCGUCCCCCUUUCUGUGUGCCGUGAUUGUCCCGUGCUGGCUCCCCGCAGUCGUACUCUCUUGGUUUUAGUCGCAAACUGUUUCUGGUAAAAGAAAACUAAUCAAAACUAAACAGAAGAUACUUUUUUUACUUAUAGAAAAAAAAACUACAAAGAGGCAAACAAUGAGUAAUAAUAAGUAUCCCUAUGAAAGUGAAUUCUGGGUAUUUUUUGUGAAAUUUCUUUCCCCGCCCAGAAGGGUUUUCUAUGUUUGUUCCUUCUCUAUGAUAGACAUUUUGUUAUGCACUACUCUUUGUAUCUGGACAGUUUUCAACAGUCAGCAAUUUUUUUUGUUAAAAGAAAAAAGGAGAAGUGUGCUUUCUGACUGACAUGAUGUUUUGCAAUACCUCAAUUUUGAAAUAUAUUAGGAGAGAAAUUGAUAUUUUCAAAGUAAGUUUAUUCAGAUAAAAAAAUAUAUAUUAAUUUAAUUAUUCGAGAGAAAUGAUUUAACAGAUGGUUGAUUUUAUUUUUAUCAUGCUUAUUUGCUUUUAUUUUAAGAUUUAUUUUUGGAAAAAACAUCAACUGAAGGAGCUAGAGCUUUAUAACUUUAAUAUAAUGAUAUAGUUAGCUGAAGUACAGAGUCUACCUUAUUACAGAGGAGGUUAGUGUGUGUCCCACUGGUCGGAUCACCGUGGCAAUACGGUGCCCCAAAACAACCCUAAAAGCGGUAGUGACCCAAGGAAAACACAAGUUCUCAAGUAAGAGAUCUAUAGAAAUAUCUGCUCUAUCAGGUGCUCAGAGAAAACAACUGAAGAUACUUCCCUUGUUUUGUAUAUUUAUAAUCAAUCAUUUACUAUGCUGACCAGAAUUGUGAAAGAAAUCUUCUGUUCAUGUUAUUUUUUUAAGAAAACUUUUUUAUGUUUCCUAAAAGUAUGUGCUCCCUUUUGUUUUGUAAAAGCAACAUACCCUGAUUUGUUAGCCUGACAUUGUUUGAAAAUAGACUUUUGAAGGUCCUUGAGCAGAUGAUGGAAAGAAAAGAAUGUUAUUUUUAAAACAAAAAAUACAAGUGUUUCACCUGUAACUUGACCGAAAGCCCCCAAGGUGCAUCAAUUGAAUGGUGGCCUUCUAUUCACGCAAGACUUGAAUUAGUCCCAUUUUUUAAGGCUAGGAACCUUGAUUCUUUGUUGUAAUGUGCAAUACUGUUUGUACUGUUUGUAAAAAAGAAGAAAAAAAGAAAAAGAGGCAUAAAUCUUUAUUGCAGAAUUAUUUUCAUUGCAAGCAUUGUGAUUCACUAAAAUCAUUUUCUACUGUGUAUUUACCUACUCUACAUGCUAGUACCUUCCAGUAGUAAUGUAGCCUUUGUACUGAGAGAUUUUUCAUUAUUUUUAAGAGAUUUUGCUAAAAAAGAAAAGAAUUUAAACAUAUUUACAUAUUUUCAUUUUUAUUUCGUAUUUUCUUUACAGACUUAUUUCUCAACCAUUAAUAGUUAUUUGUGGGGGAGACUUUCAUAUCUGGUCAAUGUCAUUAAUAUUAUUUUGUAUUUUUACUUGGAAUAAAUUAAUUUUAUGAUGCUAAUUCUUUAAGAAAGUUUAUUUUUUUGUUUGUUCACUUAUUUUUUGAAGCUGAAAAACCUUUGUAAUAUUGUUACUAAAAUGUCUAGAUUUUUGAAAUGCAAAGCUUUAUGUGUUAGCUCGCUGAUGCUGCUUACAUUGGUGUGACAAUGAUCUAAGGAGAAAAAAAAACACAUAAGCAUUUGGUUAUUAAUGUUAAGUGAUUGGCAAUGUAAACAAAUAAAUGGGCAAUAAAAUAAAAUGACAGUAUGGAGAAUG